AUGCGGGCAGAGCUCAGCAAUUCCAGAGCCACAAUCCCCCCUUUUUUUGUGGGAUUUUGUGGUCACUGCAGGGCAGUUGGGGUGUCCUGGAGUAGUCCCUCAGCACAUUCCCCCUCUGAGCACAGUAAAAAAAAAAUAUCCCUGAUUAUUUUGUCUCCCAAAAUUCCAGUGAAACCUCAGCUUUGUCCAGGGAAGGGAAGGUUACAAACCCUUCCUGGAGUGCAGAAGCUCCCCAGUCCCAGCCCAGAUGGGGCUGCUGGUCCCAGUUCUGGUUCUUUACUGGUCCCAGUACUGGUUCUGUUCUGGUUCCCAGUUCUGGUUCUGUCCUGGCCCCAGUACUGGUUCUGUCCUGGCCCCAGUACUGGUUCUGUCCUGGUUCCCAGUUCUGGUUCUGUCCUGGUUCUGUCCUGGUUCCCAGUUCUGGUUCUGUCCUGGUUCCCAGUACUGGUUCUGUCCUGGUUCCCAGUACUGGUUCUGUCCUGGCCCCAGUACUGGUUCUGUCCUGGCCCCAGUACUGGUUCUGUCCUGGCCCCAGUACUGGUUCUGUCCUGGUUCCCAGUUCUGGUUCUGUCCUGGUUCUGUCCUGGUUCCCAGUUCUGGUUCUGUCCUGGUUCCCAGUACUGGUUCUGUCCUGGUUCCCAGUACUGGUUCUGUCCUGGCCCCAGUACUGGUUCUGUCCUGGCCCCAGUACUGGUUCUGUCCUGGUUCCCAGUACUGGUUCUGUCCUGGUUCCCAGUUCUGGUUCUGUCCUGGUUCCCAGUACUGGUUCUGUCCUGGUUCCCAGUACUGGUUCUGUCCUGGCCCCAGUACUGGUUCUGUCCUGGUUCCCAGUGCCCAGGUGCUGCUGGGGUUCCUCCCCCCAGCUCCUGCCCCUUGCUGCAGCAUUCCCAAAUCCCAGUUCCCAAACCCCAAAUCCCUUUUUUCUCCCCCGUGUGCUCCGACUCCGCCGUGCCGAGGUCACAGCCAGGAGGGUGACUCUGAUUCUGCCAGAGGGGUUUUUAUGAUUUUCUCUUUGUUGUUGAAUCUACUGGUUAGAUUUGCAGUCCUAACAGAGAAGGAUUUUUAAAGCUUAUUUUGGGAUCCUGCUGGAUCCUCAACACUGGGAAAGCCAAGAAUUCCUCUAACAGUAUUUUCUAUGCUAUUAAUUGACUAAAAAAAAUGUUUUCUAUAGAGAAUCUAUUUACAAAAUGAGCAUUUUAGUGAUGAAAACCUGAAUGUAUGGCAGGCUGUGGAUGUGAGGAAUGAGAGCAGAAAGGAUUUAUGUGCCUCUGUAUUUUUGUAUUUGCUUCCAAUAAACCAAUGAACCAAA